AUGCCGACAGAGCGUUUUCCACGUAAGCUCGCCCGGCAAACUCACUGUAUCUUUUCCGGCAAAAGCAUGGAUGUGCCGAGGGGCCGUGAGAACCGCGUGUGCCCUCUGCGGCUUUGGGUCCAGAACUGGAAAGAGUUUCAGUGCAGGGGAUCACAGUCUUCGGGCAUCAGUGGGAACCACGAAGUGACUUCACUCUUUCUCAUGAAGCUUCUCUCCAUCCAACUAGGUCCACCAAGCUCCAGAUGGCGGGAUUACGGUGCUCUAGCCAUUAUCAUGGCGGGUAUUGCGUUUGGCUUCCACCAGCUCUACAAGAAAUACCUUCUCCCCCUGAUCAUGGGGAGCAAGGAGGACAGGAAGCAACUUCUGAGGAUCGAGUCGAACAUUUCCGAAAUGAGCGGCACCGUGACGCAGACAGUGACUCAACUUCAGACAACUUUAGCCUCUGUCCAAGAACUUCUCAUCCAACAGCAGCAGAAGAUACAGGAACUCACUCAAGAACUGGCAACUUCUAAGGCUACGACAUCAACUAACUGGAUCCUGGAGUCUCAAAAUAUCAACGAGCUGAAGUCGGAGAUCUACUCCCUCAAAGGAUUGCUUCUAAACCGGAGGCAAUUCCCUCCCUCGCCCUCUGCCCCCAAAAUCCCAUCCUGGCAAAUCCCCGUGAAGCCCUCCUCCCCGUCUAACCCGGUCACCAACAACCACAGCACCAGCAGCGACAUCUCUCCGGUCAGCAACGAGUCCAACUCCUCCUCGCCCGUCAAGGAGAACCACAGUCCCCCCGAAGGGUCGAAGGUCAACUGCCAUCUUCUAGGCACUGAGGAAGAGAGCGAGGCAGUGAUCGACGUCAAGGGACAGGUGCGGAUGGAGGUGCAGGGGGAGGAGGAGAAGCGGGAGGACAAGGGGAAUGAGGAAGAGGAGGAGGAAGAUGGGGAGGAUGACGACGAUGUCAGCCACGUGGACGAAGAAGAGUGUUUGGACGUCCAGACGGAGGACCGACGAGGCGGAGACGGCCAGAUCAACGAGCAAGUGGAGAAGCUACGGAGGCCUGAAGGGGCCAGCAAUGAGAACGAGAUCGACUAGUGGGGCUGGGGUGUUGACUCCCAAUUCCCAGCACCUCUUGGUCAUGCUCCAUUCCCUGGGCCUCUUCCUUGCCCAGUGAUUUCCCCUGUCUCUCCCCCCCCCCACCCUGUGAUUCACCACGAGUAUCAUUGUGAUCUCCUAGCGAGCCAGGUGGCCGCUGAGCCAAGCUGGGCCUGAGCAGCCCACCUCUCGGUGGUUCCCCUUCCUGCCGUCACCACCCUUUUCACAUCCCAGUUCUGUCGAGGGUUUGGUUGCUACUUAGCCUGCCCCACAGUUUGGGGAAGUGGGGUCCCCUUGCUAAAAAUGUUCAGCCUCCAUCACCCCAGGCUUCCUGCCCCUUCCCACCCAUUUCGGGGCCCUCUUGCAUCACCACCUGCCGUAGCCACUAACCAAGCCAGUGUUCCAUCACUGGGCUUCUGCCUUCUGAGUGGUCCCACAAACCACCCCCCCCCCCUCCUCUCUCCCCGGCUGAUAUUGUUUUCUGCAUCAACCCUCAUUCCGAAGUCAGACCCCUUGUCGUCAAAGAGCCCAACCUUGAAGUAAUAUGAAUGUUCCCCACACCACCACCUUAUAUCUCCCCCCCCCCCCGCUUUUUUGUGCGUUCCAGGGACAAAGGAAAGCAUAUAGAGCGCCAUAGCAAAUUGACUUGCUACUUGCUCAGUGAAAAGCAGAUUUGUUCUGGGACCAAUAUGGAGGAUUCUUGGGGCCAAGUCUCCUUCAUGAGUCAGCUCCCCCCCCCCUCAUCUAUUACCCAUCAUACCUUCCUUCCGCCCCCCACCCCCAACCACUUCUCUGUCUGCCUCCCCACCCUUUCCAGCAGCCUGAAAUUUCUCUAGCAAGGCGAGGUAAGAGAAGAGAUGGAGGGGGGGGGGAACCAUGCAGCCCCAGCUGUGCAUUAGAAAGGGAGGGAGGUGUCCAUUAUUUGAGUCCUGGUCCCUAGCUGCUAACCCUAUGCUACAUCUUGUGGUCGAAAUGAUUUUCCCUGUAGAGAAAGGAAACCAAAAUGACUGAUUAUUUGCUUGUCCUUCUCCCUCAGUCCCUGGUUUGGACCCGCACCGUGGCCACUAGGUAGCGAUGGCUCAAUUCUCGGUGUUGAUGACGGGCCUUUGGGUCCGUCAAAUGAAAGGGAGAAAUGCUUUCCCACACUGAGCUCAUUUUCCCAAGGACCAAGUGCUCUUCUCCAAACAAAAUUCCACAUUAGAGACCCGUUUCUCGGACAUCUGUCCCCCUUCCCCGUAAUGGCUACUCACUUCCCUUCACUUUUGCCUUAUCGGGUAGAAAAAAUGGCAACCGGCCAUCGGUUUUCAGAAGCUCUUGUUUUACGGCAUCGUAUUCUCGGCCGAUCCAACUAGCCAUGUCCGAUUCCUGUUCACUUCAUGAGGAAAAGAGCCUCAGUUCCUGCAACGUCUCAAGUCUCACGCCUCCUCGACUCUCACUAAGAGGAAAGCAGAAACGUUCUCAUCCAUGUGAUCAUGUAUAGAAUUCAAAUAUAAAAUAUGAUUGUAUAUAAUUGUAAUAAAUAUGAGUUACCACUAUUUAACGCCA